AUGUCGUACUUGCAAGGCCAAGACUUGUGGGAAGUAGUAAAUGGAAAUGAGGUUACGUCGCCAGAAGCAGAAGACACGAAUGGUAUCUUACGGAAGUGGAGAAUUAAAGCGGGUAAAGCGAUGUUCGCCUUGAAGACCACAGUCGAAGAAGAUGUGCUAGAGCAUAUACGUGAUGCCAAAACUCCGAAGGAAGCUUGGGAUACGUUCGCCAAGCUGUUCUCAAAGAAGAACGAUACGAAGCUCCAACUUUUAGAGAGUGAGUUGCUGUCGGUGGCACAACGCGACAUGACGGUCGCACAGUACUUUCAUAAAGUAAAGACGCUAUGCCGGGAGAUUUCUGAGUUGGAUCCAGAGGCUCUUAUUGGUGAUACGAGGAUGAAGCGAAUCAUCAUCCAUGGGUUGAAGCCAGAAUUCAGGAGUUUCGUUGCUGCCAUACAAGGAUGGCAAACUCAACCGUCGCUUGUAGAAUUCGAAAAUUUGCUAGCUAGUCAAGAAGCCUUAGCUAAGCAAAUGGGAGGAGUCUCGUUGAAGAAGGAAGAAGAGGCACUCUAUGCCAAUAGAGGCAGGUGGAAUUCCAAGCAGCAUGCCACCGGUAGAUUCAAAAAGAAUGAUGACAAGGCAAGAAGUCAUCAAGGCGAAGGGAGCGUUCGUGCAGGGGGAGCUUCGAAGAAUCAAGACAAUGGCAAAAAGUUUGAAGGGAACUGCUACAAUUGCGAGAAGAAGGGUCACAUGGCAAAAACUUGUUGGUCAAAGGAAAAGUCGGUGGAGAGUAACGUGGCUGCUUCUAAAAGCGAAGAUGAAUGGGAUGCUAAGGCAUUAUUUAUAACAACAACGUCUGAACAGAUUGAAGAUGAAUGA